CGGGAGGGAUCUAUCUGGAUUGUGGAGCGUGGUGUUUUGGUGUCGAAUGGUUCAGCCGAGGUUGGAUGAUCCCCGCUUCCCGCUUCAUCUCUUCCGUCAACACUUUGAGGAAGUUGGGCUCCCCAACGCGCUACAAUGAUUACAGAGGACAAUUUUGGCCAAUUUCCACCGAUAAAACCAUCCUUCAGUGAGAGGUGACGUCUAGUUGAAAGCAGCUUCGACGAUUUGCCGCCGAAAUACAAUGGGUCAAAGCACCGCCAGAAUGGGAGAGUCUCGUUUCAGGACACUCAGUUGCUAGAGCUCAGGACAUUCGGUUUGAGCUAUCACCGUGCAAUGCUAUGUCACGUGAUCUCAAAUCCAUAACCUUCCACAGUUGGUGUUUGCUAAGUACACCGACGUUCCACAACAUGAUUGUUAGGUAAAUAUUUGCUGACCCCGCAGUAUCAACUGUCUCACCUCCAUUCUCGUGGAAUCAGAACGCAGCCAUGGGCGCCGAUGCUGGCUUCGAUAUGGUCCCACGCCUUUCCAAAGACGCUGCCGAUAGACGCAAGUGGGAGCAAUUCAUCGACUCCAUCAAACGCCGGUACGAGGACGACACCCAGGUCGAGAUCAAGCCAAACUACAUCCUCUUCAAGGCGGGCGAACAUCCCACACUUCCCUUUGAGGGUCACAAGUUUCUGCGAUUCAGCUCAAAGAUCACAGGGCCUAAUACCGCGGCGACCGGCGUGGAACGCUACAUCAGAACCGUUCGAUCUAUCGCAGAUUCCCACUUUGGCUCUCGAAUCCAGUAUUGGGACGAGCUAUUUGAUGUGUAUGGCGAGUACGACUGGGCUGCAGUCGACGAAUCUAUCCGGUCGUACGAACAGCCAGACGAGCCUGAAGCACACAGCGGUAUCGAUACCUCCGUUAGAGACCCCACCUCGCUCUUCGAAGUGAAGGACAUUCCCGGAAAAGGAAGAGGCCUUGUCGCAUGUGUUGACAUAGCCAGUGGAACUCGAAUACUCUGCGAAGAGCCGAUCUUUACGAGCUUGAACCUUUCUUCCGUGGACCUGGAGCGAAACAUCGCAGCGAAGCUGAAAGCGCUGUCGAAGACGUCGCAACGACAAUUUCUGUCCCUCCACAACAACUUUCCCGGAAAGUUCCCGUUCUCCAACACAUUCAAGACGAAUGCCCUGCCGUGUGGUGCGGACUCACCCAUCGGUGCCGUGUAUCCUACCAUCUGUCUCAUUAAUCAUAGCUGCAUCUCCAACAGUCACCACAGCUGGAACAGCUUGCUCAAGAAAGAGACCAUACACGCGACCCGACCGAUUGCGGCAGGGGACGAGAUCACAAUAUCCUAUGACGGGGGCAACACAUCUGAUUUGCGGCGCAAACAACUCAAGGAAGCCUUUGGUUUCGAAUGCGACUGCGCGAGAUGCUCCUGCUCUGCUGCCGAUCUCCAAGCCAGCAACGCCCGUCGCAUGCGCAUUAAGACUUUGGAUGACGCCAUCGGGGACGCAUUUUGUAUGUCACUCAAGCCCGGCCAGAGUCUGAGAGCCUGCCAGUCGCUCCUUAAGGUCCUGAGUGAUGAAUUCGAGCAAUGUGCAGGAGUUCUGAACGCCCGACUAUACUACGACGCGUUUCAGAUAUGCGUCGCGCACGGCGACCAAGCUCGGGCGCGUGUCUUCGCAGAACGAUCGUGGGCAUCCAGAGUCCACUGCGAGGGCGAGGACAGCCCUGAAGCAUUAAGGGUGCAGUCGCUAGCACGUGAGCCUGCGGCGCAUCCGAGCUUCGAGCUUUGUUCGAAGCGGUGGAGAACCAAGAAGGGCAUGGCACCAAAGGGCCUGAAUGCGGAGAAAUUCGAACUAGCAGCUGGCGUCCCGGACCAUGACAGUUGUUUGCUCUAUCGUCAGGACCUUUACACGAGAUGUUUGUAUUGUGUGGAUACCGCUUGGCGAUGGACUUCGAGCGCAACGACUCCACAAAUCAUAAACGAGGCCCGCUUCAGUGUAGAUGGCGGUCAGCGAGGUGCAGGGCAAGUCGUACAAGGCUGACUAGGCUAUCGUUCAACAAUGCGGGGUAUCUACUACCCUACCGGAUAUCAGCCCGAGCCUUACUUUGGUUCGACCGCCGCCUUAGUUCAGAACUCUG